AGUACCUUGAUUUUGGUCUGGCCUGACGUACUAAAAGCGGCCACAGCGGACAAUGCUCGCGUGUGCAUGAAAAAAAAAUCAAGAAAAAAAACAAUUACAAUUACGGCGACAAUACGACUAAUUUAUUUCAUUUAUUUUCCAUAAUAUUAUUUGCAAAGAGAGUGUAAAUAAUUGAAUCAGUGCGUAUAUAAGCCAAAAUCGGGCUUAGAUUAAAGAAAAGUGUUGUAAAAUUGUGUAGAACGAACGAAAGUGGAAAGCCAAAAUAGAAGGAAGGCGGACGAGAAUUCAAAAGCACAAACAACAAGUAAACGGCAGCUGUGUGGCAGAAGAUACUAAACGGUAGACAGUCACAAUUUACAGUUAGGAAAGAUGGUCAACCAUCAUUCGAAUGGUGGCGGAAGUGCUGGGAAUAGCAGCGGUGGUGCCCAUGGCGGUGGCGGAGACUACUCCGGCGACGAUCGAAGUGGGGGCGAGGAACGGGAGCGACUUGAUGGCGAUUUAAAUGACAAGCCCACCUACCUGCUGGAGCAUCUGGCCACAUUCACCGUGAACAAGGAGUCGGGCAUUGUUUAUCCGGCGGAUGGCAUGCGACGGUUGCUGCAGUUGGAGAAGACCACAGGCAUUUGGUCGCAGAAGAUGCAGCUCUGCCUGGACUAUCAGUGGGUGCUCAUCAUGGAUUACGAGACAGGGAACAUCAUUGAGCGUUUUCCUGCAUCGCUGGUGCAGGAACCCACCGCGUUCACGUCCAACGACGCCAUGGAGCUCUACAACAAUAUACUUGUCUUUAUCGUUUCGGGCGGCGGCGGAUCACGAUCCGAAAUGCACAUAUUUCAGUCACAAAGUGUUAGCGCUGUGCAUUUGGUGGAGGAUCUGAAGCAGUUGCGUAGCGGCAAAAUGAUCACCCAGCAGCGGGGAGCGACACCCACUCAGCAUGCAGGCGGCGCAAGCUCCAGUUCCGGCAUGGCCAUGAUGAUGAGCAAGACAUCGUCGUCGUCGUCGCACAGUCGCGCCGAACAGCAACAGCAGCAGCAGCAUCAUCAUCAGCGCGAACAACGCGGCCGAGAUCGGGAGCGAGAGAGGGAGCGUGAAAGAGAACGUGAAAGAGAUCGAGAGAUUCAGCAUCAGCAUCACAUGCAUCAACGCAGCAGUGUGGAUCAAUAUGGCAUGCGGGGAUCGGCUGUCAAUGCUGUGACCGAAGUGGACCUCAUACACAAUGGGGAAACGGAUUCGGAGCAUGGCGGUGUCAAUGAUCGCGACGAGACAAGCUCCACGUCCAGCGAGAAAUAUGAACGGGAUGUGGCGGUGCUGAAUCAUUGUUUCGAUGAUAUUGAGAAGUUUAUUGCGCGACUGCAGCAUGCGGCAGCCGCUUCACGAGAGCUGGAACGGCGUCGACGGAAUCGCAAAUCGAAGAAACGUGAUCCGGGCGAGGGAUUGCUUACCCUGCGCACCCGGCCGCCGCAUGAGAAGGAGUUCGUUGACAUAUUCGCCAAGUUUAAGCUAUCGUUCAAUUUGCUGGCCAAGUUGAAGGCGCACAUCCAUGAUCCCAAUGCGCCGGAAUUGGUGCAUUUUCUUUUCACACCUCUGGCACUGAUUGUCGAAGCCUCCAGCGAUACAUACUACGAGUCCCAGUUGCCGGCUCGCGUCAUCAAUCCGCUGCUGACACGCGAGGCCAUCAAUUUGUUGAUCAACUGCGUCACCAGCAAGGAGACCGAACUGUGGCGUUCAUUGGGCGAUGCCUGGGUCAUUCCGCGCGAUCAGUGGAAGGAAGAUGUUGGCUCGUAUCACCCCGUCUUCCUUGAUGGCUGGUCACCCGAUUAUUUAGUCAUUGACGAACUGGAGGCCACAUCACCGACGCACGUCACCAAGCGUCGGCUCGAUGUGCAGGCGGGUCCCGGUGCCGGUUUGGGCAUAAGCGGACGUGGUGGUGGUGCUGGUGCUGUUGCCGCCGGUGGUGGCUAUGAUGAUUAUGACACGAAUGGCAUUGGCAUCUCUCUCAGCGAGAAGUACACUAUACACCAUGGCAAUGAUCGGGAUCGGGAUCGUGAUCGUGAUCGCACCGGUGCCAUCAGUGCCUCCGAUUUCAAUGCGCGCAGCGAGCUCUCCUUUGACUCCAUAGAGCGCGGCAGCGGUGGUGGUGGCGUCACGUCUACCGGUGCCCAUGGAUCUGGUGGUUCCGGUGGUCCCACCCUUAGCGCAAUCACAGCGGGUCUGCAGAAUCUGCACACACGCGAAUCCCGCAACGUGAGCAGCGGCACUGGCAACUAUGGUGCAGCGGGCCCAGGCGGCGUCUCCGAACUGUCUGCGGGUGCAGCGCGUGGCGGUGCCGCCAAUGCCAGUGAGGAUCAGCUGCUGGAGGCGUGGCUGGAGGAUCUGCAGUCGUCGGGCGCUAAAGUUGUUCUGGUCACCUAUCCCCGCACCGCCAACAAUGACAAGGAGCUGAGCGUCAUGCGCGGUGAAUACCUGGAGAUCCUUGAUGACACACGCAAGUGGUGGAAGGCGCGUAAUAUGCGUGGUCAGGUGGCACAUGUGCCACACACGAUUGUCACACCUUUUAAUUACGGCGAUGGCGAGGGCAACGGUCAAUUCUAUGGCCAGCAGCAGCAACAGCAGCAGCAGGCUGGGGCAAGUAAAUCCCGUCACAUGACGGGCGGCAAUAUGGACAAUGCAGGCAUGGAUCAACGCUCCCCGGAUGCCACGGAUAUGAUGCGUAGCAAGCAUUUGGGCAAGAAGGGCGAGUUCCGUUACUUUUAAAACAUACCAACAUUUCAACAAACAAGCUGACAACAUAAUCCUUGCUGCGCAAAAGGAAUCGCAGUCGUUGGGAUGUUUGUCGAGUCCCCUACUUAAAUUCAUAGUUUGUAGUUGUUCUGUUUCUAUUUGUACAUGUGUGUUUUUUUAAAAAGAAAAUGGAAACUCGAAACUAACCAUAAGACUAACUUUAAGCUGUACUUCAUCGAAGAUUAGCCAAACACACACACACACUCAGCAUCACAGUGGAGAGUGGGAGAAAUACCACUCCAUUAUGGUAUAUAUAUUGUUUAUAAUGAGAGUGGACUGGUGGCGAAAGCAAUAAAUUGUUUGAAAUAAAGCCUGGUCCUUGCAAUAACUAAAGGAACCUACAUAAACAAA